AUCAACUACCUGACGCUCACGGAAACGGACAAGAUCUGGAUGCCGGAUUUGUUCUUCAAGAACGAGAAGACGGGCCACUUCCACGACAUCAUCCUCCCGAACCGAUACAUCAGGAUCUACCCGAACGGCGACGUCCUCUACAGCAUCCGGAUUUCCAUGACGCUCUCGUGCCCGAUGAACCUGAAACUUUACCCGCUCGACACGCAGGUGUGCCAGCUGCUCAUGGCGUCCUACGGCUGGACGACCGAUGACCUGCUGUUCCUGUGGGAGGAGAAUGAGCCGAUCCAGGUGACCAAGAACCUCUACCUGCCGCGCUUCACGCUCGAGCACUUCGUCCCCGCCUACUGCAACAGCAAAACCAACACAGGUAAGGCUGGCGGGCGCCUGCUCGAGGCUUUUCCUGACGGGUUUCCUUAUAUAUGUACAUAUAUAUGCACAUACACUCACAUGUGCGUGUGUGUGGAGAGAGAGAGAAAGAGAGCCAUCGAUGUGUGGACGGGCGUAUGUCUCACCUUCGUGUUCGGGGCGCUGCUGGAGUUCGCGCUCGUCAACUACGCAUCGCGCUCAGACUUCCAGCGGAAGAAGCAGCGACGCCACUGGGAGAUGGAGUCCCAGACAGCCUACGAUGCCUCCGCCGUGCCUUCCACCUCCGGCCACGGCGGUGGAGGUGAAGGGUGUUUCCACCCCAACCACAGGGAUCUGCGCGAUCAGUAUUCGCCGGAUAACGACGGUCACAUUCCGGAGUAUCCAAGCAUGGUCAGGGAGAGAAGGCCGCUGGUGCCGCCCUUCCGCGACGGCGGGCCGGCGCACCUGCGCUCGUGCGAGGUGCACCUGCAGGGUGCCCCGACCAACUGCUUCCAGACGUGGCUGGCCAAGUUCUCCACCCGCAGCAAGCGCAUCGACGUCAUCGCGCGCAUCACCUUCCCGCUCGUGUUCGCCCUCUUCAAUGUCGCCUACUGGAGCGCUUACCUCUUCCGGGACGACGAGAUGCAGAUCUAAGGCGCUCGUGUUCGGGGACGCGCGAGCUACCGCUUCUCUCUUGUAGGGAAUGCGGAUGCGCCUGCGGAUUGCAGAAGA